AUGGCGCGCAUCAGUCGCUUUGGCUUUCUAGCCAUUGCAAUGAUAUUUCAUCUUGUAUAUAUUCGAUCAAUCUUCGAUAUUUACUUUGUCAGUCCUAUUGUUUCUGGGAUGCGGGCGUUCAAAGUGGAACGGCCGGAUGGCGUUGAAGCUCCAGCAAAGCGUUUGGUUCUGUUUGUCGGCGACGGGCUACGUGCAGAUAAAGCUUUCCAAUCAUUUCCCAAACCAUAUCCCAAAACCGACGAGGACCUUGUGCCUCGACCUCUUGCGCCCUUCCUACGCUCACGCGUACUCGAACAUGGCACUUUCGGUGUCUCUCAUACUCGAGUCCCCACCGAAUCUAGGCCUGGACAUGUCGCUUUGAUAGCGGGCCUCUACGAAGAUGUAUCUGCGGUGACGACUGGAUGGAAGCUCAAUCCUGUCAACUUCGACAGUGUAUUUAAUAGAAGCCGACAUACCUGGAGUUGGGGUAGCCCUGAUAUUCUGCCAAUGUUCCAGUUAGGUGCUGUGCCUGGACGGGUAGAUGCGGACUCAUACGGCGCGGAGGAGGAAGAUUUUUCUGUGGAAGCAUCCUCUUUGGAUACGUGGGUGUUUGACAAGGUGAAGACUCUCUUCGCAGAGGCUGUAACAAACUCGACACUGGACAAAGCGCUGCGCGAGGACAAAGUGGUAUUUUUUCUUCAUCUCCUCGGAUUAGACACAAAUGGCCAUGCCUUCCGACCGUACUCGCCAGAGUAUCUGAACAAUAUCAGAAUAGUGGACGAAGGCAUCAAGGAGAUCACCAAGAUCAUUGAAGACUUCUACGAUGACGACAAGACUGCUUUUGUCUUCACUGCUGAUCAUGGAAUGAGCGAUUGGGGAAGCCACGGCGAUGGCCACCCGGACAACACGAGAACACCGUUAAUUGCCUGGGGAUCCGGCGUAGCGAAACCCGUCCAACAUGAUGGAAAAAUCGCACCAGGACAUGACCAGCUGUCUUCAGACUGGGGUCUCGACCACAUACAAAGACAUGAUGUUGCCCAGGCGGACGUGGCGGCAUUGAUGGCAUAUCUUGCAGGACUUGAAUUUCCUGUCAACUCCGUUGGCGAGCUUCCCCUUCCAUUUUUGUCUAGUGAUUUGGCCGGGAAAUCAACUGCCUUCUUGGCGAAUGCCAGGGGCAUUCUUGAUAUGUACAGAAUUAAAGAAGAACAAAAGAUGGAAACUGAACUCCGUUAUCGCCCAUUUAAGGCCCUUGGGAACCAGGAGCAUUCGGUUGAGAGAAGGCUAUCCAAUAUUGAAGCUUUGAUCGCAGUGGGUCUGCACAAAGAAGCCAUUCAAGAGACAGCAGAUCUUGUACAUUUGGGUUUAGCUGGUCUAAGAUACCUACAAACGUACGACUGGCUUUUUUUGAGAGCCUUAAUCACGAUUGGCUACCUAGGUUGGAUCGCCUUUGCAAUCACAACUGUGAUCGAUCUACAUGUCCUUCAUGGGAGAACUGAGACAUCACGAACGAUGGCAGGUACCAUUUUCUUUUCUUCUGUGUUGGUCGCAUUAUACGCCUCAUUUGCUAUAUCAAAAUCACCCCUCACGUACUAUGCGUACGCGAUCUUUCCGGUUGGGUUCUGGGAAGAGGUCUAUGCCAGGAGAAGGGCUUUAGUUGAAGGUGGAAAGGCCUUACUAGACUUGUCAAGUGCUGGAUCGGUAAUAUCACUCGUAGUCAGUGCUAUUACUGGACUGGCUUUAAUUGAGGUUUUGGCUCUAGGCUACACACACCGAGAGGUUUUUAGUGUUUUGUUCGUUGCCGCAGCGUUCUGGCCCCCUUUCUACGGUACCGGGUUCGUUGCAAAGAAUAAAAUUCUAGUCGCAACAUGGGCCGUUUCUUGCGUUGACCUCCGGAGGGAUUUUAAUGGCACUGAUUGGGACUUUUUAUCUCGUCUUUCAGAAGAAGCUCCUUGGCAACUCAAAGCUAUCGGGCUUGUUGUAUUGAUCACUACGGUGACGAGGUCUAGUAUUGCAUCAAUGAGAAACAAAGCCGGCUUGCCUAAAGGCAACCAAGUAGUUGGCUGGGCUGUACUGGUCCAAUCAUUUCUCAUGCCUUUCGCUCAUCGUCUCCAACCAAAUAAUCACUAUCUUCAUCGAUUGAUGGUUAUAUUCCUCACGUUUGCACCCACUUUCGUUAUCCUCAGUAUCUCAUACGAGGGGCUCUUUUACCUGGGAUUUUGCAUCGUGCUAUUCACCUGGGUGAGAAUGGAACAUGCGGUCUACGUCUACACGAAGCCAGUUGGAUCAUCGGCCAAAGCAAACGGGAAGGCAACAGUCCCUGCGUCCCUUUCUAGCUCUCCUUUUAGGACCCUCACUUUAUCUGACGUGAGGGUAUCUCUAUUUUUCCUUACUCUUCUCCAAGCGGCAUUCUUCUGCACUGGAAAUGUUGCCUCGCUCUCAUCAUUCAGCUUAGAAAGUGUAGCCCGUUUGGUUCCCGUCUUUGAUCCGUUUUCUCAAGGCGCGCUACUUAUCGUCAAACUAAUGGUCCCUUUCGCUCUUAUCUCUGCAAACUUAGGAAUUCUGAACAAACGUCUCGGAGUCGCACCGUCAGCGUUGUUCAUGGUGGUCAUGGCAAUUAGCGAUUUCUUGACUCUUCAUUUCUUUUGGGUUGUACGAGACGAAGGGAGCUGGCUGGAGAUUGGAAGCACAAUUUCACAUUUUUGCAUUGCAAGUCUAUUCUGUGUGUUCGUCGCGAGCUUAGAAGGAGUAAGCGAGCUGUUCAUCAGCGGUGUUGAAGUUGGAGAUGAGUCCGCUCAAAUGACAAAAGAAAAAGAGCUGGGCGCGGUAGUGGUUACCGAGAAUGGCGCCAACGGAUCUGCCAUGGGCAAAGACAAAGAGCCGGGAACUAAUGGAAAGGUCAGCACAUAA